GAGUCCCAUGAGCUGCAACGUCGUGAGAUUACGUUUUACUAAAUGGCAUGGGCGCAGUUUAACCUUUGUGUUUUUGUGCAUGCAACCUUUAGAAGUGCUCCAAAAAGCAUAUGAUGUUUGGUCUUUUGGUGAUUAUUACGUUGGGACAGUGGGUGUUUUGCUUUGUUAUCGAGUUCAGAUCAAUACAUUAGUGAGAUAGUGAGGGCGCCUGCGGGGCUGGCUGAGAGACUGGUGGAGGAUUUGGGGAGACCUUGACGGAACUCGCGGGUGUGAAAUGAGCUCAGGACUUGCUUGGAGAGAGGCUGACACGCGGACUUCGUGAACCUCGACACGACUUGGCAGACACGCUCGCGCACGUGACACUAUUAUUUGCAUCCUGGGAAACGGGUGACGCGUGGAUCCACUUGAAGGGAAAAAAAAAACAUUGUCACACAGAGUGUGUGUCUGACACACGGACGUAUAGAGCGGGUCUUUUAUGGUGUAACGUUUGCGCAGCAGUGACACACGGGAGCCUAUUUUGUGCCACAAAGGAGGACAGACUUCAGAUCCACGCGUUGGAUCUCCACACCAUCUGACCCACACCACUGCUUGGAAGAAAAUAAGAGAGAAUGGGGCGUCCCGUGCCGGUGGGUGCCAGUGCGUAACGACCUUUUUCGCCCUCCUCGCUCCUGCAAUAAAGCGUGUUUGUUCAUCGGCGUCCUGCGAGCACAGCACCGUCGAUGCACGACAGGCUCGCCCCCAUUUCCUGUGGCCAUGCCUGCACAUUUGGAGCGGACGCGCGCGGCAGAAAAAGGCUCCGCCGGCGUCCCGAGCCGCAACGGUUACGCGCAAGCACGUGUCGUCCCACUGAGCCGCGACGCACAGCGCGCGUCGUCGUGGGUGAGGCUGGCGUGGACCCGCGCGCGGACUUGCAUCGGAGUGGGCUGCGCGGCGUGUGCGCUCGUGCUGGCCGCGCUGCUGAGGUGCGCACAGUGGAACUGUGAGCUGUGCGCACUCCCGCAGCUGCAGUCGUGCAGUCACUCGCUCGCGGGCUGCCUCGCCGAACUGCUGCUCGCUUGCUGGGCUGCCCUCUCGCCCUUCCUCAGCCUCCUGUGUGCCUUCUUCUGGCUCGGCGUCUACCUGAUUCGCUGCGGCGUGCUGCUCCCAACCGCCCUCUCGCUCCUCACCGCGUUCCACCUGGCGGAAGCGGCGGCGUGGAGCCUCCUGGACGGCCCGCAUGAAGUAGCCGCUGCGCUGGUGCUCGCGUGCGCGGCCGGCGGCGCACUGAUGCUAGCGCGCCUGGACCGGGGCACGUCCGUGGUCGUGGUCGUCAGCGUCGUGCGCGCCGUCUCCCUCUUGUCGCUGCACAAGCUUCGUCCCGCUUGGAGGCCGUACGUGGCGUACCUGCUGGGGGUCGUGGGCAUCCUCCUGGCGAGGUAUGCUGACAGGCUCCUCGCCGGCCAAGGGACACUCGAGGAGGGCUGCACCCCCGUGACUGGAGCCAAGGGAGACGUCCCCGCAUUUAAAAGGCGCAGGAGGUCCAGUUCGGUGAUAUCCACAGACAUGGCACAUAGUCAGUCCAACAGCAAGUCACAUCGCAGGACCUCUCUGCCAUGCAUCCAGAGGGACCAGAUACUCGCCCGCUCAGACUGGGAACACAAAAGAGGCUCCCGAGGAUCGCAGUCAUCAGGCACCAGUGUCAUGGUGGACAUCGCAGUGAUGGGAGAAGCGCAUGGACUGAUCACAGACCUGCUGGCUGACCCCUCUCUGCCCUCCAACACCUGCACCUCACUCCGGGCUGUCAGCAGCCUGCUCACCACCCAGCUCACCUUCCAGCCCUUGCACCGGCCACGCCCCGCUCCCCUGCUUAACCCCUGCGAUGCCUACGUCUACUCUGACUCCGAGGAGGGACCCGAGAAGGGAGAGAAGACGUCCAUCCAUAAGCGUCUGAGGCGGAGUCUCCACCCGGGUCUCCUGAGGAGGAUCUCCUCCACGUGGACCACCACCACCUCCGCCACAGGCCUGCCCACAAUCGAGCCAGGACCCGUGCGAAGGGACCGCAGCACCAGCAUCAAACCCUACCACGAAACACUCACGUGCAGUUGUGGAAGACCAUACAUCAGACUGAGCCACGGGGAGGGCUCAAUAGACAAGGGAGACAGGAUACCACGCUCAGUAACAGCAGAGGAUCAAGUGGUCGUGUCAUCAGACUAUGACAGCACCCACGAAGCCAACCACAGUGACAGCAGUGAUGUAGCACACACGGAGGAGGACACAGAAGAAGGAAAAAACCCCUCCCAGAAUGUCAUUCUCCACCCGCUAAUACCUCCUGAGGACAAACCCAUUCUGGCCCCAGAGCCGCUAUUAAUGGAAGAUUUAGAGCCGAUGAUGGGUCAGCUCAACAAUUGGAACUUUCCUAUCUUCGCCUUGAUGGAGAAGACUAACGGCAAAUGUGGACGAAUCCUAAGUCAGGUCUCUUACAGGCUUUUUGAGGACACUGGUUUGUUUCAGACCUUCAAGAUUCCGAUCCAAGAAUUCAUGAACUACUUCCAUGCCCUUGAGAAUGGUUACAGAGACAUCCCAUAUCACAAUCGGGUGCACGCCACAGAUGUGCUCCAUGCAGUCUGGUACCUCACCACACAACCGGUUCCGGGCCUACCCAACUUCAUUGCUGACCACAGCUCUGCUAGUGACUCAGACUCCGACAGUGGAAUAACUCACAGUCAUAUGGGCUUCCUGGUGUCAAAGACAUACACUGUGUCAGAGAACGGUUAUGGCUGCUUGUCUGGCCUCAUACCGGCUCUGGAGCUUAUGGCUCUCUACGUGGCUGCUGCCAUGCACGACUACGACCACCCCGGGCGGACCAACGCUUUCCUCGUGGCUACCAGCGCCCCACAGGCGGUGCUCUACAAUGACCGUUCGGUUCUGGAAAACCACCACGCUGCCUCAGCCUGGAACCUCUUGUUGUCCCGACCGGAGUUCAACUUCCUCGUCAACUUGGACCACAGGGAGUUCAAGCGAUUCCGUUUCCUGGUCAUUGAGGCCAUACUGGCCACAGAUUUGAAGAAGCACUUUGAUUUUCUUGCAGAGUUUAAUGCAAAGGUGGGGGAUGAUCCAUCAUCAGGCAUCGAUUGGUCCAAUGAGAAUGACAGGUUGCUGGUCUGCCAGAUGUGCAUAAAGCUGGCUGACAUCAACGGGCCACUAAAGUGUAAGGACCUCCAUCUACAGUGGACAGAGGGCAUUGUCAAUGAGUUCUAUGAACAGGGUGAUGAAGAGGCCAAUCUGGGUCUCCCCAUCAGCCCCUUCAUGGACCGAGCCGCACCGCAGUUGGCCAAACUCCAAGAGUCAUUCAUCACGCACAUCGUGGGACCCUUGUGCAAUUCUUACGACUCGGCUUGCCUCAUGCCGGGACGAUGGGUGGAACCUAAGACGGACGCCGAGGAGCCUGAAAGCACAGAGAACGAGGAGGAGGAGGAGGAAGACACGGCAGAGGAAGACACAUCCACCGGCUCGGAGUCAUCACAGAAAGCAGCAAAGAAGAGGAGGAAAGUGUUCUGUCAGAUCACCCAUCACCUGCUGGAGAACCACGAGAUGUGGAAGAAAGUGAUCGCAGAGGACGACCAGAAGCAGGGCCAAGGAGCAGAGGCGGUCCACGUGAACAGUGUAACGGAGGCCAUUUUGGCGACUCAUGAGGAGGAAGAAGAGCCCGGCAGCAGAGAGGAGCUGGUUGAAGGCGAGGAUCCCGAGGAAGGCAUAGAGGAGCCCGAGUGGCCUGCGUCGCCGCAGGAAGUGGAGGAAGAUCCACAGUGAACGUGACUUCCAUCCUCUGUCAGGAUUAAGACAAGUGUUUCUCCUUUUUUUUCUUAUCCUAUUUACUGAAUCCAUUUUUUUUCUUUUUUUGCCAGCACAUCACUUUAGACACAACACUGUAGAUUGGGAAAUGUGUGCCUAAGAAUAAAAUAAAACAGGGUGGGAAAUUUUGUGCUUUACACGUUUUAUCUAAAUAUUUGAGUUCACCAAACAUUUUAAAGGAGCUUUCCGUCUUGCAAUACGAGAUUAUGCAUGUCCUUUGGAAUACAGACUCUUUUCUUACUGUCAAGAGAAGAGGCAGACUGGCUACACAGACCUCAACCGCGUGUGCUAACACGGGAUCGAUGAAAUUUGCUGCCAAUUUAUACAGGAUUAUUUUCUGAAUGCGUCCGUCCCAGUUGUACUUGUGCUUCAAUUUCAGCAGGAGUUUUUGUGAGUGGGGGUCACGAAUGGGCCAUAAUAUGUUGACGGCGUCUAAAAGAAGUCAAAUCAAAUGAGGAACAUUGUUGUAACCGUCAUUCCUUCAACCUCGGCCGUCAUGAAUCACUCGCACAAUAAAUAUUUAUAAAGGUCAUACUUUACAUUUUAUGUAUUGUGUAGCCAUUUAUGUUUUAAGUGCAGAUCCUUUAUCCUCAUCACACUCUGUAAACUUGUCUCCACAUGAACGAUUCCCCUGCCUGAAAACAUGAAUAACAUUCUCCUCGGCGUUGGGAGUUCUAUAAAGGAUCAAAAACGGGAAGUGUUUUUCUGGACAGAUUUGCACAGUCACGAGACACCAAACUAAGUGAAACAUUCUGAAUGCAUUUGUAAUAUCUUAGGGAAUGAUGAGAUGAGAUUGAGAGACUAUAAAGGUAAUAUUUCAUCAAUGGCCUUUUUUUUUUUCCUUUUCCAUUAUUUCUUUAUGGCUCCGAAAUCUGUAUUCUCUCUGUGUAAUCAAUUCCUCCAUAUGUGAACCUUUAACCCUCAGGAAACCUUCAACUGUUGAGAUUCAAAAAAAAAAAAAAAAAAAAACUCUUCUAUUGACAGUAACAGCGUGCUACGACAUUAUUGCAAGCUACUUUAAAUGAUGUCCAUAAACACACAAUGAAGCACAGGAAGUAUGAAAUCAGGGAGCAAAGUUAAGAAUAACUACACACAUCAACCGGACGAGUCUGGAUUGAAAAAAAAAUAUGUACUGUCGGUUCACUCUUCAGGAAAUCGCAUCUCCCCCCCCCCCCAAAAAAAAAAACUUUGGGUGAUUUGUGCUGAAAUGCAAGUUAAGUUAGUCUUGAGAAGUAUGAUUCCCUUUUUUGAGGAGUAACCACAGACACUCAUGACUGCUCUCAUACACUGUCAGAAAAAGAAGGUGCUGAAUUUGUACCUUUAUGGGUCCAAUGGCUUGUCAGUACUGCAGUACCCACAAGGGUACACCUAUGUAACCCUUAAACGGGGUACAUAGUCGGACCCUUACAAUUCGUACUGUUAGAACACAAAUAAUACAAAGCAUAAGGUACAUAUUUGUAUCCUUUGUAGACAAAUGUGGACCUUCGGGUGCAUAUUUGCCCACAAGCAGUACUAUCUUGGUCAGGGAUGGGCAACCAAAAAAAUUGCUUCACCUACCACACGGAAUUGCGCUUAAGUUGUAAUGUUGUAACGCCAUUCACCACAAAAUAGGAGACAUCACAUCAGCACUUUAACCAUCAUCUCCAUUAGAGAAGAUGAAUGUUGAUAUGUUGUCAGCCAUGAUAGAUUUUGUGGCAUUUUGUUAAUUAAGACUAUUUCAACACGGUGGUUCAGCCGAACUCACCGGGACAUUACUUUUGUGCACUCAACUCAGGCACGUUACAAACAUGUAUGCCGAGCACCUGUUUGUACCCUCACAUUGUUUAAAAAAAAAAAGGUACCGAAAUGGUCCCUUUGCCAGUUUUGGACCAUUUCAGUACCUUUUCUAACCAAAAUAAUACAUACUUGUGCUCUGGGGUUCGGGUGUGAACACUGUAGUGUACAUCACAAAAAGUUGUACCUUGAACAAAAACAGAUCACAACAGUUCAUUUUUUUGUCUGACAGUGUAUGAGUACAAUGCAAUUUCCAAUCACAAAUAAAAUUACAUUUAAAAAAUGAAUAUAUUUACAAUAAAUUCAUCAGAAAUUACACGGGCACUAAUGCAUACAACUCUGUAAAUGAAAAAUAAACAUGGUGACAAAACUGAUUUCAAGCUGAAAAUGUCCCACUUUGUCAGGUUGAGAAGGAAAACAAACUUGAAAAUGGAGUUGAAUCUGCGUCAUGAAGUAAAUGGUCUAAUGAUGAGAGAAAUUUAAUGUGUCGCUGCACAGAACCAUUAGCAAGACUUAAAUCUGGGAUGCCAUGUACGAUUGUUCCUUCACGUUCAUAUCGGCAGGCAUAUUGCUGCCUUCUUUCCAUUUCGUUGUAUGGGUGCCUCCACUGCGAAGGAGGCUGCGGGAUUCGAGAAGGGAUUUGACUGCCUUGUGAAUGUAUAUUAUAUGGAACUUAAGGACGGUUCAUUUCGACGCGUACAUGUCCAAUCCUGUCCUGUUUUUGAUGCGGCUGUACGGCAAACCAGUGAACUUAGUAAAUGUUGGUAAGGUGAUGCAUUCAGUUACUUCCUCUGAGUUAACUCAGAUGAGAUAGUUGCUCUCCAAAGAUCCUGUGUACAUACAGUAUUUCUCCUUGUGCUUCCACUUUGACCUAGAAACUGCUUUGUAGCCAUGUUCAGUGGCAACGAUUGACGUUUUAACAUUUAAUCACAUAUUUGUCACAUCGCAAAGACCAUUAAACUAAUUUGGGUUGGAGGACAGCACAUUUAA